GAGCCGAGGCCUGGUGUUGCUCGGGAAGUCUGUCCUGCCUGCUUCUGUAACCUGGCGCUAUGCAUCCAGACUCUGGGUCCUUACAGACACUGCUGUAUGUGACGUUUGUGAUUCUGUGCUCUCCUGUGAGUUCAGACUUGGCACCUUACUUCAGUUCUGAGCCGCUGUCUGCUGUCCAGAAAGCUGGUGCGUCUGUAAUACUGCAUUGUUCUGCCAAACCUGUGACUACUCAUAUCUCAUGGCUGCAUAAUGGAAAAAAAUUGGAUAAAAACAUGGAACAGAUUAAGAUUCGUCAGGGGACUUUGACUCUCCUUUCCCUUGACCCCUCCCUUGUGGGUUCCUACCAGUGCAUCGCUAACAAUAGUGUUGGUGCAAUUGUGAGCCGCCCAGCAACGGUAUCCAUUGCAGUUCUUGGUGAUUUUGGUUCAUCAACAAAGCAUGUUAUUACGGCAGCAGAAAAAAGUACUGGUUUCAUUGGCUGCAGUGUACCAGAGAGUAACCCCAAAGCUGAGGUGCGCUAUAAAAUCCGGGGAAAGUGGCUGAAACAUUCUACAGAGAAUUACUUAAUCCUUCCAUCAGGAAAUCUUCAGAUUUUGAAUGUUUCCUUGGAGGACAAAGGAUCAUAUAAAUGUGCAGUUUUUAAUCCCGUCACACAUGAAUUAAAAGUUGAACCCAUUGGCCAAAAGCUCCUUGUGAGUCGUUCUUCUUCAGAUAAUUUUCACAUUCUCCACCCUACCCUUCCACAGGCAUUAGCUGUUCUUUCUCAUAGCCCUGUUACCCUGGAGUGUGUAGUGAGCGGGGUCCCAGGCUCCCAAGUGUACUGGCUGAAGGACGGUCAGGACGCUGUGCUCAGAAGCAACUGGAGGAGAGUGUAUUCUCAUCUUGCCACAGAUAGCAUUGACCCAGCAGACUCUGGGAACUAUUCCUGUAUGGUGGGAAACAAGUCUGGAGAUGUGAGACAUGUCACUUACAUAGUUAAUGUGCUUGAGCGUGCUUCAAUUUCUAAAGGGCUGCAGGAGCAGCGAGUAUCUCUGGGUGCCACCGUGCUAUUUACUUGUGAUAUACAUGGGAACCCUGCCCCCAAUCGCACUUGGCUUCAUAACGCCCUGCCUAUUCAACUGUCCCCAAGGCAUCUGACUGCAGGAGAUGUCCUGAAAAUCAGUGAUGUUACCAUGGAAGAUUCUGGGUUAUAUCAAUGUGUAGCAGAUAAUGGGAUUGGAUUUAUGCAGUCUACUGGGAGACUUGAAAUCGAAAAAGGCAGUGGACGGAAGCCAGUGAUAAUCACAGCACCAGCAAGUGCGAAGGUGGUGGAUGGAGACUUCUUUACUUUGUCCUGCAAUGCCACUGGAAUGCCAGUUCCAGUCAUCCGUUGGUAUGACAGGCAUGGGUUGAUAACCAGUCAUCCGUCUCAAGUCCUGAGAUCCAAAUCCCGAAAAUCACACUUACUGAGACAGGGGAGCUUGGACCUGGAGCCUGCCUACUUCGUCAUGUCCCGGGCUGGCUCAAGCUCUCUGUAUAUCCAGACUGUCACUCAGGAGAAUGCCGGGAAGUACACCUGCGAAGCUACCAACUCACAUGGCACCACACAGUCAGAAUCAGUCCUCACAGUUGUUCCUUAUGAAACAAAUACAAAAGCAGGAACAGUCACACCUUCAGAUGCCACUCAGAAUGAUGGAAGAGAUGGUUCAGAAACUAGGUUAUUGAGCACAUUUCCAGCGAAGGAACAUUCCAGUGUGGUGGAGUCAUCUCCAGAGAAAAAUUCCAGUGGUGUCUCAGUCCCUGAUGCCCCCAUCAUUCUGAGCCCCCCACAGACCCACACAGCAGACACAUACAGCCUGGUGUGGAGGGCUGGGAAGGACGGCGGCCUGCCCAUCAAUGCCUAUUUUGUGAAAUAUCGAAAGUUAGAUGACGGUGUUGGCGUGGCGGGAAGCUGGCACACUGUUCGGGUCCCAGGAAGCGAAAAUGAGCUCCACCUAACCGAACUGGAGCCGUCUAGUCUCUAUGAGGUUCUGAUGGUAGCAAGAAGCACAGCAGGUGAAGGGCAGCCUGCCAUGCUUACCUUCCGAACUAGCAAAGAGAAAACAGCAUCAUCAAAGAACACCCAGGCAUCUUCUCCACCGGUGGGUGUCCCUAAGCGCCCUGUUGUUUCAGAGACUGCAGAAAAUUUUGGAGUGGUACUUAAAGAUUCCUCUAGGCACAGUGGAGUUCCAGAGGCCCCAGACAGGCCUACCAUCUCUACCGCUUCGGAGACGUCUGUCUACGUGACUUGGAUUCCUCGGGCAAAUGGGGGCUCUCCAAUCACAGCCUUCAAGGUGGAAUAUAAGCGGAUGAGGACCAGUGACUGGCUGGUGGCAGCUGAGGACAUUCCUCCUUCUAAACUUUCUGUGGAAGUCCGCAGUUUAGAACCAGGCUCAACAUACAAAUUUAGGGUCAUCGCCAUCAACCACUAUGGUGAAAGUUUUCGGAGUUCAGCAUCUCGUCCUUAUCAGGUGGCGGGGUUCCCCAAUCGUUUUUCAAACCGUCCGAUUGCUGGACCUCACAUUGCAUAUACAGAGGCGGUCAGUGACACUCAGAUCAUGCUAAAGUGGACAUACAUUCCAUCAAUUAAUAAUAACACUCCCAUUCAAGGAUUUUAUAUCUAUUACCGGCCAACAGAUAGUGACAACGACAGUGAUUACAAGAGGGAUAUUGUAGAAGGUUCAAAGCAAUGGCACAUGAUUGGCCACCUGCAGCCAGAAACCUCCUACGACAUUAAAAUGCAGUGCUUCAAUGAAGGCGGGGAGAGCGAGUUCAGCAAUGUGAUGAUCUGUGAAACCAAAGUGAAACGUGUUCCGGGAGCCUCUGAGUAUCCCGUCAGAGACUUGAGCACACCUCCGAGUUCCUCCGGGGGUGGAGGGAACGCCGGGCCUGCGGCCAGCCCCGCCAGAAGCAGUGACAUGCUGUAUCUGAUCGUGGGCUGCGUGCUUGGCGUCAUGGUCCUCAUCCUCAUGGUGUUCAUUGCCAUGUGCCUGUGGAAGAACCGCCAGCAGAGUACCAUUCAGAAAUAUGACCCACCAGGAUAUCUCUAUCAAGGGUCAGAUAUUAACGGGCAUAUGGUGGAGUACACCACCCUGCCCGGUACAAACCGGAUAAGCGGGAACGUCCAUGGGCACUUCAUCAGCAAUGGGGGGCUCGGCAAUGGCUGCUCCCACCCCCACCACAAAGUCCCCAACGGAGUCAGUGGGAUCAUGAACGGGAGCAUAAACGGAGGCCUUUACUCCGGGCACACGAACUCUCUGACCAGGACCCAUGUGGAUUUUGAACAUCCUCCUCACCUAGUGAAUGGUGGUGGAGUAUACACAGCAGUCCCCCAGACGGACCCACUGGAGUGCGUGAACUGUCGAAAUUGCCGGAACAACAACAGGUGUUUCACCAAAACCAGCAGCACCUUUGGCAGCAGCCCAUUGCCUGUGGUCCCCGUGGUAGCACCUUAUGCUCAAGAUGGCUUGGAAAUGAAGCCCCUCAGUCACAUGAAGGUGCCUGUGUGUCUGGCAUCCACAGUCCCUGGCUGUGGCCAGUCCCCUGAGGAGAGCAUCAAGGAUGAUGUGUCGCCAAGAUCUGCUCAGAAUAGGUGCUGUCAGGACCACAGAAAUGAGAUCAACUCUGAUUGCACGGAAGAUACAGCAGAAUUCAGCAGAGGCGACAGCUGUGUCCAUUCAGAAACAGAGAACAAAAUUCUAAGUUGGAAUCCACUUAUUUUGCCACCUGCUUCAGAGGACUGUAUUGAAAAGACAGCAUGGGCUCCUGAUAUUCCCUUAGACAGCCCUUCAGGGGUCCUUCAGCAACCCCAGGAAACCUGAGGAUGUGCAGACACCUACCCACAUCCUACUGCAAGCCAGGAACUGCACAGAAAGACCUGGGGAUGGACUUUGUGAAGAACAUUAAUUCAAAUCAGAGAAAAUAGUUAUUUAUUUUUUUGUAGUGGUGAUGUCCUAUGAAUGUAUCUUAAAAUGUGUGCCCUUUUAUAUUAUUUAUGCCUUAAAAAUCCCCUUUCCUAUUCCUCCCUGCCCAAUCAGUAGGAAGUGACCUACUUCUGCAGUUUUCAAUCAUCUAGAGAGCAAUGGGAUCAGAGGGGUUUCUAGAGACCUCUUGGGCAGUAAGAGCUCCCCGGCAAGGACCGAGCAUGGUGAAUCAGCUAAGAGGGAAUUGCACAGACUAUUCAGGUUUUCAGCUGUUUUUCAAUACUGUGUUACCAGACAUUCUGAGAACAGUUACAGACAACCGCAGUUGUAACCUGAUGGUUCAAAUAGCAAAUCUCAUGUGAAGUGUAUGAGUGCCGUUCACAUAAGUGAUGGCUGACCUGUUGACUCACUGUCUGUACCUAGUGCAAGGGGUGUUCAGUUUUCUAGCACUAAUCCCAGCAGCGUCCUGGACGUGGAGGGUACCGUCUAGUUGGGUUAUUAAGGUACGCAGCAAGGGAUCAAGCCAGAGAGAGUGCCUUCAAACCCCACUACUUCCAAUUGCACGCCUUUGGAAAGUGGUCGCCAUGGGACGCUUUUCUGUCUCUAAGAGUAGGAGUAAAAUUAGAUGUUAAGGUGGUAACUUGAAAAAGAAAGAUAUGUGUUUUCAGAAGACAAGGGAGGACUCUUGGGCCUGUCUUGGUAGAAGCUCUCCCCCCAUAGUGUAAGAUUAUGUUUAUGGGGCCAUGCACCCAAAAUCACCAUCUUCUGACUCCCAGUAGGGCAGUCCCUGGAAGAAGUGCGUGUCAGAAGAGGUGUAAUUUGAAGGGAGCAUCGUAUGGUUUUGGAAUUCCCCGGCAUUUGUUCAGAACAUUGUCGUUGGAAACAGGCACCUGAAAGCUUUGGUUAGCAGAGCUCAUAAAUCACAAUUACUGCUGCCUCUGAGUGACAAGGACAUCUGCAGCUGCCUUGGCUUUUUUUUCUCCACAUCUUAAAAAAAAACAACACUGUAAGUGUGUUUCAUAGCUUGAGUCAAACUUUAAUGGAUCACUUCUCUUUUUUGGAUUUUACAUCCCUUUGGGAAAAGAAACAGAAAAUGAUUUUCUUUAUGUCCAUGGAGUUGAGCAGUUCCAGCAUACAUGAAGAAAUUUUACAGUUUCCCAGAAAUCAGUGAAUUAAACUAGAAUACUAUGUUAAUCAACUUGCUAUAUAAACACAUCAGUAUUCCCUUACAUAUGUCUAUAUAUUUUAUAAAUAUAUGUAGAACAGUUAGUGAAAUGUGCUGUUUAGGCUGAGUCACUAUGCAAGGAUUACUUUGAGUAGAAAGUAGUGAAUAUAAUUUCAUAGUGGGGUGGUAGGGAUGCUCUAGAAUCCAGGUCUACAUUCCAGACAUCCACGCCUGUGUUUCCUGGAUGCAUUCUUCAUGUCGUUUAGAUGUAAUUAGCUUUGGAGAGGGGUAGCUGCAUGCCUUACUUCUGUGACUAGCAAAGGACAAAGUCCUAGUCCACAGAACAUAAAAACGCACCCUGUGUCUGCCAAUCAUGUUACAGCGAUGCUGUCACAAAGGGGUUUCAGAAAACUGGGGAGUAAAUGUUUGUAGGCAGUCAUUUUGAUUCAGGAAACAGGUGCGUUAGCAUGAGCCUUAGGUCAUAAACUGCUUUUAAAGAUUGAGUUUGAAUAUGGGAUUUGUCCACUAGGAAGAGAAAACGUCUCGUGGACUGCUUUUAUUUAUAUUAUUAGUAACGCUGUUUUAAGUGUUAUUCUUUUUAUUAUAUUUUAUUUAUA